UUAACGUCCAACUUAACGUUCAGCUAAAAACCUGUCUAGACAACCAUUUCGUCCUGAUACACAGAAUAACACGAUGGGUGAAAAUGCAACAGACGAUACCCCGAAAGAUAGGAACAAGAAGUGGGAGAUGGCAUUCAGGGCUCGGGUGAGGCAGAUUGUCCCUGGUCUCUUCCUAGGCAAUGUGGAGGCAUCAUACACUCGGGAAAUGCUUCAAGAGAACCAUAUCAACGCAAUUGUCUCCCUUACGGAUGCCCGAUGGGUCUGGUGGAAUACCAUUACAAGAGAGGCAGGCGUUCCAAAACAUCGUCACAAAUGGGUUCAGUGUGCAGAUUCGUCGACCCAAGAUCUCCUCGCCCAUAUGACCUCUUUACCCGUCGAGUGCGAACAUGAAACCAAUCACGAGCGGCGUGGUGCAGCUUCGGAGGCGAUAUUAAUUCACUGUGAUCUUGGAAUAUCACGAUCGCCGACAGUUAUCAUUGCCUACCUCAUGCGCAAACUCAACAUGCAGCGAGCAGACAUAUGGCCUUUUGUUCAAUCAAAGCAGAAAAUCAAACCGAGCGCGAAUCUUACUCGUCAACUUCAAGUUUGGGAGGAGGUUGGAUUCCAAGUCUGGAGAAAUGACGAUAGGACUGUCCCGAAACAAGCGUAUAAAGCAUUUUUGGAACAUCGGGCUGUCCUUCUCCAGAACAGAGGGCUCACAGGAAAUGAGCCCCUUGCACCUCAGAAACUUUACUAA